AUGUCGUCCAAUGAUGGAUUCUCCUCCUUCCUCGCCCGUGCCCGGUACCAGCUGUGUGUCUACGGCCGGUCGCCCGAAUGCAUUGGUGGGCAUACUGGGGAUGAUGGAGAUGAUGCCGCUGGCCAUGUCGAUGCCGCUCACACCGCUGCUCCGCAGUCGGCUGACCGCCACUCGCCCGACGAGCGACUCGGCGGGCGGACCGAGGUGUACUACGGAGAAGUCGUCGAUGUGGCGCUCAUUGUCCACACCGACGAUCGCACUGACUUUGCUCGCUCGUUCUUCUCUGCCGCACACAUCGGCCUCUCUCUCACCCCCGCAGAGCCGGCGUCAUCGGCCACGCCAGCCUCGCCCGUCAAUGCGACAUCGGACGACGAUGGGUGGAUGCCGCUUGAUCCGCUGCCGUCGUUUGGUGCUGAUGUGGCGCAAGAGCCGGCGUUCUGGUUUGGCGAGUACGAUGACGAGUUCGGCGACGCCGCCAUUGUCGUCACCAUGCGGGUGCCCAUCCGCUCGCUGCCAGCUUCGCGCAAGCUCUCGCUCGUGUGCACUGUCACGCCGCCGCUGCUGGUGGAGACCUCGCGCGAGUCGCUCCUCUCGUCAGUCCCGUUUGCGGCCGAGCCCGACGCCGCGUCGGUGGCACUUGAGCUCGACGUUAUCUGCCCGCUUGUCGCUGCCGCGCGCUGUGUCCCGCUUGCCGCCUCGCACGCCAUCUCGGUCUCGCUCACCAACACCGCGGCUGUGCCUGUUGGCCUCGACCGCGCCUCGUUCAUGCUCGCUGGCUCAUCGUCAGUCCGUGACCUGGCCGUCCGCGAUGGCUUCCAUCUCGAGGUCGAGGGCCUCUCCCACCUGCCGUGCACGCUGAGUCCCGGCGAGGUCUUCACUAUGGUGUAUGUGGCCACGCCCAAGUCGCCACUCCGCCGCUCCGAUGCCGCCUUUUUCGCCGACCUUCGCCUCGCCUGGUCCGUUGCUGGUAUGGCCGCCUCAGGUGUCACCUCCAUGUAUCGCAUCCCCUGGCGGACACCGCUCUCCGGCGACCUCAUUGUUCAGACCUCGCUCCCGCCGUCGAUCACCGUCGCCCGCGUCUUCCCGGUCUCCAUCCAGGUCACCAACGCCACCGACAUGGUCAAGAGCGUCAAGCUCCUCCUCCCAGCCGCGCGCUCGCUCGUUCUUACCGCCGGUGGCCUCGGCGCUGUCUCGCCGCCGCUCGCCUCCUCGCAAGCCUCGAUUGAGACUUUCCUCGCUGCACGCCUCCGCACCGACGUCGCUAACAUCCCAGUCUGGCUCUCGCCAUCGACAGAUCCGGAGAGUGAUGACUCGCGCGCCGCCCUCGCCGCCCUCGCCGACGAGUACCACGCAUCCCACCCCGCAGACUCGGCCCUCCUCUGCCUCGAGCAGUCGGUCGUCCUCGGCGACAUCCCGCCGAAGGCCACCAUCGCUGUCAACGUCUACGCAUGCGCCCUCACUGACGGCUUCUUCGAGCUCGCCGCCAUCCGCCUCUACGACGAAACCGCCUCGCAAUACUACGUCGUCGCUCACCCGACAACCGUCUUUGUCGCGCCGCUCGGCUCAACUGCCACCAUCUCGUACUGAUGCCUUUAACUCGCCCGCAGUGCAGCCGGCAGUUCGCGAUCGGGGCGUGGCGCAAAGUUGUCCAUCCCGUGCCGCCCGCCGAACCACUCGACGACCGCCACCCACACCCGCCGCGGCAGCAGGCCGAGCACCGGAAACAUGGCCCCGACCGCCCAUGGGAGCACCACAACCUCCUCCCGGGCCUCCACGCUCUCUACAAUGCUCCGAGCCACGUCGUCCGCCUCGAGCGCAGGCAGGAGCCACGGCAUCCGCAGCUGCACCCCGUCAAACAUGCCGGUGUUGAUCUUGUACGGACACACAAGCGUGAGCCCGAGGUACCCGUCGCGCCCGUCUGCCCGCACCUCGAGCGCCAGCGACUCAUGGAAGCCGACCAGUCCAUACUUGGAGCAGCAGUAGUCGGCGAGGCCUGCCGCCGGCACCAGGCCCAUCGUCGACGCCACGUUGACAAUCUGCGCCUGCUCGCCCGAGCCCGCCAGCUGCGGCCACAGCGCCUCCACCAGCGCCAUCGGUGCCUCCACGUUCACCCGCAGACUCGUCACCAUCGCCUCGGCUCGCCCAUCGCCGCUGCCCACCCGCCGCCCGGCCACCACCCCAGCGUUGUUCACCAGCACAUUGAUAGCGAGUCCCUUCUCCGCCAGCUCCGCCACCAGCCCGCGCCGCGCCUCCGCCGACGUCACGUCCAUCACCACGCCCUCCACCCGCACCGCUGGAUGUCUCGCGCCCACAGCCUCCACCACACGCGCCACACGCUCGCCGUCCACGUCCACCACAACAACCGCCGCCACCCCGCGCGCCGCAAACUCCGCCACAAGAUGCCCGCCCACCCCGCCGCCGC